AUGGGUGGUGAGCUCUGCUCUAUGGGGUCUCUGCUCUAUGGUGUGUGUGGUAGUUUUAAAUAUGCUGCAACUUCCUCAUACCCAGCCCAUAAAAAGGUGAGGUCUCACUUCGUGAAUAAAGGACCAGCCGUAGUGGCUCCAGGCUUCCCUGCUGGCUCCACAGUAAAGAAGCCAUCUGCAGUGCAGGAACAGUUCGAUCCCUGGGUCAAGAUGAUCCCCUGGAGAAGGAAAUGGCAACUGACUCCAGUCAUUUUGCCUGAGAAAUCCCAUGGACAGAGAAGCCUGGCAGGCUACAGUCCAUGGGUCACAAGGAGACAUGACUUAGUGACUAAACAACAGCAUAGUGACUCCACUUCUAAUAAAUAG